UGUCAGACAAAUGACAAUAGUAAAAUAAAUAACACAAAAAUAACAGCUUUUAUCAAUUUAUAUAGUCUUUGCCAGAAAUUAAUUAGACUUAAAAAAAAACAAACAACAUAACCUCUUCUUUCAAGCUUCUUUCAUUUAAUAUUGUUUGUUGUUUUCAUUUCAUGGCGCCAAACUAUUUAUUUUUCUUAUAUUUCUAAUAAUUCAAUAAGAAUGAGUACAGUGUCUUCAGAAACCUAUAGUUUUACGAAAAUAUCUCUUAGUAAUAAAGUUACUGCACUCGAUACUACUCUUAAGGAAUGUUUAUUCAAUUUUAAAGGACUCAUGUUAGAAGUGGAACAAAUUAGCAAUGAAUGUGAAAGUUAUAAAGCUGAUUUUGCAAUGCAAAAGGAGAAAUGUGAAAACAAAUCUUGCAGUAGUUCUGAGGUGCUAAAAAAAGUUAUAGAAUCAAAAGAAACAAUAAUACAAUUAGCAGCUGCAGCAGUUACAAAACUGAAUGAAACAAAAAAUUUCAAUGUUGUAAGUGAAAUCUUCAAAAUACUAUGUGGUGAAGUUGUAACUCUCACACCACCAAGGGACUCACAGGAGCAAAACAGGCAUGAAAAGAUACCUCUAACAGACCAUCCUAAAACUACAGCGAAUGUAAAGAAAAAGCUACUAAUAACUCCUAAGAAAGAGCUGAAUUCUCAAGAUGUGUCAAUUAAAGAUGAGUCAAUCUGUGAGAUAGACGGGACGCCGGGACGGACCAGCCCUAUAAUACAUUCCAAGAAGUUGAAGAGCAGUUCUUCUGUUUCUAGUUUAAGUGGAAGUUCUGAUUCGAGAGACAAGAAGAAGUGUCCUGAUAGUUGGUCCACCCCAGAACCCAAGCAGCUGAAGCUAAGCUACACGAUGACCGGCAAGUCAGGCGGGAAGCAGCGUCAGAUGCGACUCAACUUCGUAAACACCAAGUCCGCGAGCGUCGUGGACUUGACGAGCUCCCCGGAGUUCUCCGGGGGCGUGAGGAGCCAGAAUCCUCAUGUGCAGUUAAUUAUCAAACAAGAGUCUAGUGAAAAUGAUGACACCAUACUACCAUCUCCUACAAGCGGAGAUGGGAAGUUUGCCUUAUCAAAAACAAUAUCCAAAGACAGUCAAAAGUUCAAAAAGCCACUGUCGUUAUCGAAGCUAAAGCAUGAGGAGUACCCAGAUGAAGCCAACAGUCCCAUCAUACAGGUUGUAGAGAAGAAACCCAAGGACAUAUCUAAAUUAGAUGAGCUUGAAGACUCUAUUAAUAUCUUGAAACCUAACAGAUUCCCUAGAAGUCCUUACAAAGCGAGUCCUAAGAAGGUGCCAAAAUACCAGUCGCCGUUGAAGAAAGAGCCUUUAACUGUUAUAAUUAAAACUGAAACUUCUUUAAAACCUGAAAAAUGUUUGCCCAAGGAACAGAGACCGUCUAAUGUGGAAAAUAAUGAUGAUGACAUAACUCAUUGUGAAGAAGCGAGUAUGUCUAUAUUGCGACAUGUAGAUUCAAUACUAGAUCACGCGAAGGAAGGACUGAAAAGCCCCACAAAGCGACCGUUGGUUGAGAAUAAGAACUGCGUGAACACACAAAGUGACCACGAGUCCAGCAUUUCUCUACUACGACAGGAGCCGACUGAGAAACCUAUAGAAGAUAAUGCUAAAAGGAAAGCCACAGAAAACGUGGAGCCAGUGUACAAGGAGCCGACUGUUCGUAAGAAAGCAGAGAAGCUCGCUCUGCCCGGGUGGUGCUGCGAUGAAUGCAAAGCUUUCUUCGGCGACCUGUACGCAGACGACGCGGACAAAAUAAAGGCGGUGAUAGCGCGGUGUUCGAAGCACCGCGGCCGAAACAACCCCGCGCGACCGAAAACCCCGCCCGGCAUAUGGAACCCUCGCUGGCACGUGCCCACAGACACCGACGACUUCAACCGGCUCAACGACGCCCUCUGACAGAGAUAGAGAGAAGACGACAACAUUACAGCACACCCCGGACACUUCAUACACCUCGUUCUACACAGACACUACACAUCAGAUACACACUACACAUUGACAUUAGAUUUUCAUGUCGUUACAUGAGCCAUGUCAGGGGCCUUUGGCGGCUCAAUAGUAACCCUGACACCAGGGUUGAUGAGGUUGGUAUUCCACCUCACAACCCACACGAUAGAAGAUUGACAUUAUCUUACACGCGCAUCUGUGUGUGUGAUGUCUGAUGCCAUACGAUUGAAUUCUAGUAAGACCUUGGGGAUUGAGGUAAACCAAGCUCAGACGCUGGUGGGGAGCGGAGAGUUGCCGUUCUAUACGUUGUAUUUAUCUUUAUUCUACGAUUAUAGUACGAGUCGACCAUAGAAUAAAUAUAUGUAUAGAAAGGCAACUCCGCGCCGUAGCAAUUCGUAUCGGGUGCCAACUUCUCCUCCUCUGGGACCUACUGUAUAGGCUUAAUGGUCGGAAGGAGCAUUGAUGUAUAAAAUAUGUUACUAUAGUAAGGGGUAAUGGGGGCGCAGCUGCAGUGUGUCUCGCUCGCACUCACCUACGCGUUAGGCGGCGCACGGUAAGAAUGUCAUUUUUAUAUGUAGUGUCCAGAAUGUGCUGUUCCCAAUAUUGAUGAGGCCAAACCCUAAUGUAGGGCAUCGAUAUAAAUAGUCCGGUCGUAACCUUAGGUAAGAACGUUGAUGUUCGUUGCGGCAAAUUAACAUUCCCUCAUGCUUACGUCACGAGGCGAACGUAUAUGCUUGUAAAUUAUUAUUUAAGGACAUUUUAAGGCUAAAGUAAGACCCAGAGAGGAAGACGACACCAGAUACAAAUUGGUGUGGGACGGAGAGUUACCGUUCUAUACGUAGUAUAUACUAACACGAUACAAAAACGACAUGUGGUAUUCUUUAUUCUAUCCCAGCACGCAUGCGCCCUCUCAAUGAUGGAUGGAUGGGACUACAACAGGACUAUUUUAUAACGUUGAGAAAGCCAACAUUGUUUUGUUGUAAACUUGACCUUCUUUCUAUAAGUUGUACUACUUACUCCGAGUCUUAAGAUGAAUUCGAAAUGGUCGUAGAACUAUUUGUAUAAUUUGGUAGCUUACGCACUACACCCACUCGAUAGUAAUUUUCUGUUAUAGAAAUGUAGUGUUAAAACGCCUUGACUUGUUGUUUGGAAUGAUUACUUAUAAAGUUUCUAGAUUUAUUCGCUACUACUAUGUUUGAAGGCGUUUAGAAGAAUAUUUGUAUCAAAAAUGGGUAAGUAUAAUAGUUCUAGAGAAUUCGAGAUGAGUAAGUAACUACACGAGUGUGGUAUUUGUCCUAUACCUACGUAAUAUUAUAAGUAGGUAUAUUUCAAAUCUGUAGAUAAGAUUUACGUCGUUGGAUAGUAAUAGUAGUUGAAUGGGUUACGGGAAGGUGUU